AUGCUUGUAAGUUUGCGAAUCGUCUGCAUAAACCCUUGUCCUGACUUCUUCCUCACACAGCAUGGUCGGGAUUUCGCCCGUGAAAAUGUUGAAAAGGACAGCUUCGCACAUUCCUUGAAUACCCAUACCCAUCUGGUAGCUUACUAUGGUAUAUGUCUGGGAAUAGGAGAAUUCAUUGGUGGUCUCUUCGUCUCUUUUCUGUCAAGACGAAUACGCAAUUUCAGUCUGACGCCAACUAUGCUUUGCCAUGCAGUGUUCAGCAUCUGCUUCCAGACGCUUUUUUUCUUGGCAUUCCCCACUUGGUCGACGGCAAGGCCGUCACCUGGUGAAGGAAUAGUAUUAUCACCCACAGUUCCAAUUUGCAUUGUAUGUGGACUACUCGUAGGGUUGGCUGACUCAACAAUAACUACUGCUCGAACAGUGAUUUGUCAAAUUGCAGUACCUCACCGGCGACCUCAAGCCUUUUCUCUAAGCAGAUUAAUACAGUCCGUGUCUUCGUCGAUUGUUCUGUUCUUGUCACCUGAGAUGUCAGUUACAAUAUGGACGGUGACACUGCUAACUAGCCUGGCUUUUGGCACAGCUUCUUUCGGAUAUGUGGCGAUGCAAGCGACAAAGGUCUCACCGGACGAACAAAACCACGACACUGCUCAAGUGAAAAAUUGA